AUGGCACAGUCUUUUCUGCCCAUGUUUUUGAAGCAGCACUUUGCAAUGCCGAUUCAUCAGAACGGCUUCUUCACGAUGCUGCCAUUUUGCACGCAGUUGAUCUCGAAGAAUUUGCUCAGCCCAUUCGCUGAUCGGCUGAAGCAGAAGGGAGUGAAUCCGACGACAGUUGGGCGGAGUUUUCAGGCCAUUAGUGCGAUCGGAAGCUCAAUUUCUCUAUUGGUACUAGCACUUCUACCCUCCGAUAUCGACCGUUUAUUCUUGGUGCCCUUUCUGCUGAUCUUUGGCAUUACGCUAUCCUGUGCCCUUCCCGGCCACUUCACUUCAAUUCUCACGAUGGCGCCGGAUUACACGGGAACACUGUCGUCGAUAUGCUCAAUUUUCGGGGCUCUCGGCAACCUAUCGGGACCCUGGCUGUUAUCGAUUGCCAAUUAUACGGAUAUCGGCCAAAAAUGGCUGCUUCUAUUCUCAAUCACUUCCAUCGCUCAACUAUCGGCGGGCGCGCUUUUUAUUUUCCACGGGUCUGCCGAGAUCCAACCUUGGGCCAAGAAGAGCGAGUAUCGAACUGCCCUGGAGAGGGACGCGAAA